CCCCGGUGAGGAGGACAGAGAUACAAAGAUAAUCCCAAAGGAUGAGAAAGGUCGCACUGCCAGUGGUUCUGGUAGAAACUUCUGGGUGAGUGGCCUGGCUUCCACUACCAGAGCUACAGAUCUGAAGAAUCUCUUUAGCAGAUACGGGAAGGUGGUUGGUGCCAAAGUGGUGACCAACGCUCGCAGCCCCGGUGCUCGCUGCUAUGGCUUUGUCACCAUGUCAACAGCUGAGGAAGCCACCAAGUGCAUCACACACCUCCACAAAACAGAGUUACAUGGGAAGAUAAUCUCUGUAGAAAAAGCCAAAAGCGAACCCGCUGGGAAGAAGCCAAGUGAUAAAAAAGAGAGUGAAGCAAAGAAAGAAACAGCCACUGAGAGACCUGGCAGCAUUAAAAAGGAUGAGAAAUCUGACCAAAAAGAUGAAUCUAAAAAGACAGAAGACAAAGAUGAAAAGGAAAAAAAAGAGAAAGAGGAACUGAAGUCAGGCUCAUCAGAUCAACCUAAAACUAUGAAGUCAGGAAGUAAAGGAACAGAGAGAACAGUAGUAAUGGAUAAAUCCAAAGGAGAACCUGUUAUUAGUGUGAAAACAUCAACUACAUCAAAAGACCGAAGCAUCAAGAGCCAGGAUCGCAAAUCAGAGAGCAGGGAGAGACAAGGGAUUGUGCCAUUCGACAAAAUCAAAGCCCAGAGGAAGAUGAGGGAGGCCGAGCAGCGCCGCACCCGGGAGCGCCGGGAGAGGCAGCAGCACCUGCAGACUAUCCGGGAACGAGAGGAAAGAGAAAGGCUGGAGAUUGCUCGGGAGAGGCUGGAAAUCGAACGGCAGCGUCUCGAACGGGAACGGAUGGAAAGAGAAAGACUGGAAAGGGAACGAAUGCACAUAGAGCAUGAGAGGAGGAGGGAACAGGAUCGCAUCCAGCGGGAAAGAGAAGAGCUGCGGCGCCAGCACGAGCAGUUGCGCUACGAGCAGGAGCGGCGCUCUGCCAUGAGGAGACCAUAUGACAUCGAUGGCAGGAGAGAUGAUCCGUACUGGCCAGAGGCAAAACGAAUGGCAAUGAAUGACAGGUACCACUCAGACUUCAGCCGCCAGGAUCGCUUCCACGACUUCGACCACAGGGAUCGGGGCCGGUACCAAGACCACUCAAUAGACAGGAGAGAUGGAUCCAGGACAAUGAUGGGAGAUCGGGAUGGACAACACUAUCCAGAUGAGCGCCACGGAGGACCAGACCGUCACUCACGAGAUUCCCGGGAAAGCUGGGGUAGUUACGGAUCCGACAGAAGGAUGAGUGAAAGCAGAGGGAUACCUCCCCAGUCACGGGAUGGACGGGACUGGGGAGAUCACGGCCGCAAGUUUGAAGGACAUCAAGAUCGUUCAUGGCAGAGCAGUGUGGAUGGAGGGAUGAUGGGGCGGGAUCAUGAGCGAUGGCAAGGUGGAGGUAGAGGCAGACCUGGCCAUGUGAUCCAUCGUGGAGGCAUGUCAGGGCGUGGAGGUUUCAUGCAAGGUGGCAACCAAAGUCAGAUGAUGCACGGAGGAGGAAUGCAGGGGGAAGGCUUUGCUGGCCAGGAGAGAGCAAACAGACCCAACGACCCUCGUUUCAACCGUCGCUACUGAAUGUCUUUAGUUUUUAAUGCAAGGUGGCAACUGAAAUGAGGCUGUUCCCCAGGGUUACCAUUCAUUGUAACUUGUGGGCUACUCUAAGUGUCAUUUUUUUUAAGCUGCUACCAUCUUAUUUCACACAACCCAAUGUGAACUCGUUUGUUUUGUAAUGUGUUGUUCAUAUCCCAUUUAAAAUGUUUGUUAAUGAAGCAUUCCAUUUUCCAUAAAUAAAAGCCAGUUUACAGUUAA